GUUAAAUAUUUCGUAAAGUUUUACCUAUAGAUCUCCAACAUUUUAGUUUCAAUCUGACUUUGUAAAGAGACAGUCAGUACCAUGAAGACACUUUUUCCGAUAUUCAUGUUUGCAGUAAUGAAUUGCAAUUAUUUCAAUGUUACUUCAAAAGACUUAGGCCACAUAGGUAUUUUUGAAGGUGACUAUUUGCGCGAUGAAACAAUUUCCCUCGAAGGCGAUGACAUGUUGACAAUCAAGGGAAUAGUGCAGCAAACGUAUUUUCCCAGUACUGGAGGAGAGGCACAAACUACCUUAGAAUAUGUGGCCGAUAAAUUGGGAUAUAGAGCAAAAUUUAAAUUGCGGACAAGUGCGGGUGCCAGUAUAGCAGUUUUACCACCCUUGAGCGCAUCGUCAAUUAAAGUUGCAAGUUUUUAUUAA